ACUGGGACAGCACGGGAGGGAGGCUGCAGUGGGGUCUUGCUGUGGGGCGGGGUGGAGUAGGGAAGGCCAGGGAAUUGCUGCUGCUGAAGGGGGAGCGUGUGGGGUUGGACAUACACCAGGGCGGGUGUCUGGUGUACAAGGGAAAGCUCUGGCCCCCAUGAUGAGCGGGGCGGGUUGCACAAGGAGGGGACGGGGAACUCCCUGCAGAGAGAGAUGGGGCGGGAGUGGGAUUUCCUGCUUUUCUCCCCACUCGGAGGGAGCGUUAUGUGGAGCUGUUCUGCUCCUCCCCAGUGGCAGCUGCGUCUCUGUGCCACAUGAGUCGUUCCCGGCGUAGCCAGCCGGAUUUCCCUCUUACAGUAGCUCUGGGCCGGCCUGACCGUUCCUUGGAUUGGAAUGCGCUCAAGGGAGGGAAAGUCCCCACCCUUUUUUCAUAUUUCCUGGUUUCACUCUGGACAGGGAACCGUCGGUUGAAGUACAUCAGCCUGGCAGUGCUGGUGGUCCAGAACGCCUCCCUCAUCCUGAGCAUCCGCUACGUGCGAACCCUGCCCGGGGAGCGCUUCUUCGCCACCACGGCCGUGGUGAUGGCUGAGCUGCUCAAGGGAGCCACCUGCCUGCUGCUCAUCUUCCUCCAGAAACAAGGCAGCGUGAGGCAGUUUGCCCUGUUCCUGUACGACGCCGUGGUGGUGCAGUACGUGGACACGCUGAAGCUGGCGGUGCCCUCGCUGAUCUACACGCUGCAGAACAACCUCCAAUACGUCGCCAUCUCCAACCUGCCGGCAGCCACCUUCCAGGUCACUUACCAGCUGAAGAUCCUGACCACGGCCGUCUUCUCGGUCCUGAUGCUUCGCAAGAGCCUGUCGCACCUGCAGUGGGUGUCCCUGCUGCUGCUCUUCGCCGGCGUGGCCAUCGUCCAGGUGGAGCAGGGCCAGGCGGGCGGGGGGAGCUCCCCGGGCGCCGCCCAGCAGAGCUACGCCGUCGGCCUGGUCGCCGUGGUGGUCUCCUGCCUCUCCUCGGGCUUCGCCGGCGUCUACUUCGAGAAGAUCUUGAAGGGCAGCUCGGCCUCCGUGUGGCUCCGCAACGUGCAGCUGGGCAUCUUCGGGACCCUGCUGGGGCUGCUGGGAAUGUGCUGGGCCGAGGGGGCGGCUGUGGCUGCCCAGGGCUUCUUCCACGGCUACAGCCCGCUGGUGUGGGGCGUGAUCCUCAACCAGGCCUUCGGCGGCCUCCUGGUGGCCGUGGUGGUGAAGUACGCAGACAACAUCCUCAAGGGCUUCGCCACCUCGCUCUCCAUCGUGGCCUCCACCGUGGCCUCCAUGUACCUGUUCGGCUUCCGCCUGCACCCGCCCUUCGCCCUGGGGGCCGGGCUGGUCAUCGGGGCCGUCUACAUGUACAGUCUGCCCAAGGCCGGGCCGCCCCUGGGCCCUCGCCAGGAGCCCACGGCCCUGCCGCCCCUCUGCAAGGAACCCAGCGAGCCGGGCUACCCGCCCAAGCUGGCAUGUAAAGAGAAGGGCUCCUGAGUCAGGCAGCGACUGGGGCGGGGCGACGUUCACCAUGUCUGGAAGGAUCCAGCCCCGGCUUCAGCAGGGGCCCCUCCGCCCUGCCCCAUCCCGGGGCCAGGUGAGGCAGCCUGGGAUCCUGCCUGUGGCUUUCAGAAAGAAGUAGGAGAUGCAGUGGAAGGGGAGGUCUGGGAGCCAGGACUCCUGGGUUCUCUCCCCAGCUGCGGGAGGGGAUUGGGGUCUGGGCGCUCCACCUCACUGCCAUUUCCUGAUUCCCCCUGCCUCAGUUUACCCUUGCGUAAAAGGCAGGCAGCCAUUCCUACCUCCCAGAAGGGGAUGCGCCCGCUCACAGCGUGGCCAGUCCCCCUCACUCAAGCCCCCCAUGCUUAUGGGGGGGAUGCAGGCACGAGCCGCUCAGUAUUAAUGCCCCCUAACCCAGUGGUUAUGGGGCAGCCGUGUGGAACCCCCCAUUUUUAUCACUCCCCACUGUGGCCUUUUCUAUUUAUUGUCCAACAUGGAUUUUGACACAACA